AAAAAAAACGAGAAAUGAUUGGACCAAAGGGCAGGGCCCGCCCUCCCCCCUAUAAUUCUAAAUUUUUUUUUUGCAAAUGAGUUGAUUCUUUCUCUUUUUUACAAAAUGACUGGAACCACCAGAACUUAUAGUAAGACUUCUAAUGUCCCCAAGCGUCCUUUCGAGGCUGCUCGUCUUGAUCAAGAACUCAAGUUGAUUGGUGAGUUCGGUCUCAAGAACAAGAAGGAAAUCUGGAGAGUCGGACUUACUCUUUCCAAGAUUCGUCGUGCUGCUCGUGAGCUUUUAAAGUUGGAUGAGAAGGAUCCUCGUCGUCUCUUUGAAGGUAAUGCCCUCAUUCGUCGUCUUGUGCGUAUUGGUGUCCUUGACGAAUCUCGCAUGAAGCUUGAUUACGUUCUUGCCCUCAAGAUUGAAGAUUUCUUGGAACGUCGUCUCCAAACCCAAGUCUUCAAGUUGGGACUUGCCAAGUCUAUCCAUCAUGCUCGUGUCCUCAUCCGUCAACGUCACAUUCGUGUCGGUAAGCAAAUCGUUAACGUUCCUUCUUUCAUCGUUCGUUUGGACUCUCAAAAGCACAUCGACUUUGCUUUGACCUCUCCCCUCGGUGGUGGUCGUGCCGGUCGUGUCAAGAGAAAGAGAGCUGCUGCCGCCGGUGGUGCUGCUGAAGAUGAUGAAGAGUAAAUCUUUUACUCCUUCCCCAAUCUAAUAAAUCUACCCUUUUUUUCUUACUAUAAUAAAAAUAAUUCUCUUUUUUUUUGUUUUCAAUUUUGACAGCUUUGC